AAGAAAUCAGGUGCAAUGCAAGGCAUUUGAACACAGUCGCAAUGGACCCACAACUCGAUACAGAAGUACGAAGUGUUCUAAGAUUAGUGCGCAGCUCUUUGCGCACAAAUGGAACGCCUCUUGAAGAUGCCAUCCAACAACUCAGACGGGUCACUGAGUCAGUUCAGAAUGCGAAAGACAGUGAUCAUGCCAAGUGGCUUCUUGAUGAGAAGUUUGACAAAGAUGCAUCUGAGAAGCCUCGAUUUAAUCGGCCUCGCCUUGAAGAUAUGAUGAGUCGCCUCUAGAAGAGGCUUGAAGACUUUCCAGAAGGUGAACAGUUUAAGGAGAUGAAACGACAGCUUGACAACAACACCAAAUACCUAAAAGCUUUGACGGCAAAGCCAAAGACGAUGUCAAAGCGCAGCACCAAAUUCCAAGGCGUUCAAGUCCCGGUAAGUCAGCAAGAGAAACAUGCA